AUUGUACAGAUGCUGAAACUUUUGCUGGAAGAGAAAGAUGUUUACUUGGAUUUAUAUUUACAUAUUUUAAGAGUCAUCAGCCUCAGUAUACAUAUUUGCAAGCCUCAAUGUUAGCAUAUACAUAUAUUAAUUUGUUAGAGAUGCUUCAGAGAUUUGAUCCUAAUGAAGUA